AUGGGCCAGUACCUUGCGCGGAAUGUGGAGCGAAGGGGAGACGGGCAGCUGAAGCGGUCCGAGGGCAAUGCCGCUGUGGUGGCAGAGCUGCUCGAGGGUGUUGUCCAUAUCAACGACAACUUUCCCCGUGAGGCCGCCAUUGCCUUUGCCUCCCCGCUCACCUUCCCCUCUUCCGUAUCCUCACUGGACGCCUUUGAGGCUCUCCCAGACUAUGUUCACGACCCGUCUGCCCACGCCAUUGUCUCGCUGGAAAAGCACCCAGUCUCCGGCGCGCCGCUGUACUCGCUGGGAGGUGGCAAGGCGAGCGUGUGCUCAGUCAGCACGCUCGCCAAGCACCUGGAAGUGGCCAGCUCGCCGACGAACGAGAUGCGGGCGCUGGUGGAGGCCAACCCGCAGGCGAUCAACACGGUGGCCGGCGUGGCCGGCGAGCCGGGCGACAUCCUCAUGCAGGGCUUCCGGAUGAUGAAUGCGCAGACGGGCGACGAGGCUGCGGCGACGUCAGAGCGGAUGCAACUGAUGAUUGUUAUCAACCAGAUGGACCUCGAGCUGUUGGCCAAAGCCGUGGACGACGCCAAGAGCUCGUCGACCUCGCUCACCCGCGACCAGGUCCUGCACGAGGUCGAGUAUCUCGGUCGGUUUGUGGAGAACUCGGUGCAGACGCUGCUUGCGCACGUAGGCUUUGAUCCCAACUUUGUGUUCAACUCGGAGCCGCAGGUCCCGCCGUGGCGCGAGGCCCGCGGCGAGCUGGCGUACCUGGUGGUGCGGACGGCCGACGGCGAAGAGUUUUUCAUCACGGCUUCGCGCAAGGGCUACUUUGUCAACGGCGGCUACGCCGAGUCUGCCGACGGCACGCGGCUGAGCUACGAUCCGGCGUCGGGGCUUGUGCCGUCGCUUGUAGACCUGCUCCGGGCGCACUCGCCGCGCAUCGCCAAGCACAUCGACAAGCAGCUCUUUGCGUUCCGGUCGCGGGCCGGCGGCGAAUUUCGGCCGACGGGCGAGGCGGCUGCAGCGCAGGGUCCUCGGACGCGCGAGUCGCGUGGAACCCGCCGCUCGGCGCGGCCAGUGGGCGGCGGGCGGAAUGGCGGGCGGGGCCGGCGUCGGCGGACGCGGCGGGCCGAGGCGGCUAGCGGCGAGUCGUCGCGGCGGCUGCGCAAAACACUUGAGGACGACAAGCCGCCGUCGUCCAAGUGGGUGGCGCUCGACGAGACGGCAAUCGACUAUGAGUACCUCUCACAGCAGCGGCGGGCGCGCGAGUCGGAGCUCGCCGCUGUCCACCACUCGACACUGGACGCGCUGCUGGAGACCGGGCAGGCGUCACGGCCAGGGACGCGGGGCGAGCGGCCGACGACGCCGGCUGACUACCACGGCAAUGUGUACUCGGACGCCGAGUCUGACGACGAGGUUGUCGAGUUCCAGCCGUUUGCGCUGCAGCAGCGGGACUAUCCCAUUUUCGAGCGGGUCCAAAAGCUGGUGGGCAUUCUGCGGAGCUCGACCGAGACGGUCACGGUCCUCUGCCUUGUCCACCUCCUCGACUCGGAGCUGGAGAAGGAGACGGCGCAGCUGGCGAUUCUGGAGGGCGGUGGGCUCGACGUGCUCAUCAACUUGCUGACAGUCCACUACUCGCGGCCGCAGCUGGCAGCGCUCAAGGUGCUGUGGCGGAUCAUGGAGUCGCCGCGGAUGAAGACGUGCCUCGAGGGCCUCGACGGGGUGGCGCCGCUCUGUGAGCUCUGCUCCUCGGGCUCGGACGCGGUCAAGACGCUGGCGGCGGACACGCUCGCCAAGGUCUGCACCAACCCGCGCAACCGGCGCGCAGUCCGGCGGCAUGGAGCCAUCCCAUAUCUUGUCUCGCUGCUGGACGUGUCUGCGGCGUUGCCGGAGAGCAACCCACUGCCGCUGCUGGAGGCUGGAGCGCGUGCGCUGUACGUGCUCGCGGGCUCACGCAAGAACCAGCUUGCAAUCCGUGCGGCGAGCGUGGCGCCGCUGCUUGCUGCAAUCCUGACCGAUGCCGACGCGGCCCAGCCGCAGCUGGCCGGCCUCGGCCCGCUUGACACGCUGCUGGUGCCGGUGGUGGGUGUCCUGGAGCGGUGCGGCGGCGACGCGUCGUUCCGAGCCGAGGUCCGGUCGCUCGGACUCAUUCCGUAUGUGGUCGAGCUGCUGAGCUCGGGCAAUCUUGCACUGCGGACGCAGGCGGCGUCAGCGCUGUUCCGGCUCGCUGCUGACGAGGAGACGCAGGGUCAGGUGUCGGAGGCCGGGCUGGUGGCGCUGGUUGCGCUCCUCGCCACCGACGAUGAGCACCUGCUCGAGUCUGUGACUGGAUGCGUGUGGAAGCUGGCGUCCAAGAUGGAGAACGUGGCGCUCCUUGCGCGGCGCGGGGCGAUAUCGACACUCGUGGCGCACGUCUCGCACCCGAACGAGGCGGUGGUGAUCAAUGCGGUCGGCGCGCUGACCAAGGCUGCGGCGUCGCCGCCGGUCCGCAAGACCAUCCACGACGCGGGUGGCAUUGCGGUCCUUGUGGACAAGCUCAAGGAGACUAACGAGCAGCUGCUCAUCAACGCGUCGCAGUGCCUCGGGGCGUGCGCCAUCCACCCUCCGUGCCUCAAGGUCAUUCUGGACGAAGAGGUGGACGGUGUCAAGUACCUCUGGUCGCUGCUCAAGAAAAAGUCUGCGGCGGUUGUCGAGUCUGCGGCGUGGUCGAUUGCGUCGUGUAUCUCAUCGGGCGCGGUCUCUGGCCACCUCAUCAACCAGUUUGUGGGUGGGCUCGAGCUCAUUGUGGGCCUCCUCAAGGUGCCCGACGACAACGUGCGGGCCGGCGUUUGUGCGGUCAUUGCGCAGAUUGCCAAGAACCGCGACAACCUGGCGGUCAUCACCGACCACGGCGUCAUCUGGCUGCUCUCGGACCUGACGCCGACGAGCAACGACCACCUGAGACAGUAUCUCGCCGAGGCCAUUGCCGAGUGUUGCUCGUGGGGCUCGAACGGAGUCGGGUUUGGCCAGGCUGGAGCGGUCCGCCCGCUCGUCGGCUACCUUGCGUCGCGUGACCCGGAUGUCCACCGCGCCACUGCUCGCGCCCUCCACCAGCUCUCGUUCCACGCCGCCAACUGCCUGCAGAUGCACGACGAGGGCGUCGUCCCGCCGCUCCUCAACCUCAUCGGCUCGCCGGACACCAGCCUUUCCGAGGCCGCCGCCGGCGCCCUCGCCAACAUCCGCGCCCUCGCUCUUGCCAACGAGCGUGCCGCCCACAACGAUCCGGACGCUGUGCCUGGCCCCACGUCUUCAUAUCCUGACGACGGCGUGUAGUGAACAAAGUAGCAGAGCAGCAAGCCC